AUGGACAGCGACAACAGCAGAAUCGACAGCGACAUCGUCUCCGAUGAAUUUAUCCUGCAAUCAAAUCUUACGCACAUACACCUUGCCCACACUAACAACGGCACCGCUUCACCUGCUCUUUCUUCAUCUUCUGACAGCGACGCAUUUAAUGGAGAAUCGGCUAGAUUACAUUUUGGCCCUUUGUCAUCCCCAGAGCGCAGAUUUGUUGCCGAGCAAGUCUCAUUAUUUCCCCCACCCCAAAUCACUCCACUUCGACGCUCCCCAAGGCUGUCCAGUCCACGGCCGCCUUCAAUAAACCCUCAAGAUGCGUAUUCUACCGAAGAUUCCGAUGAUCUGGAACGCGUAGAGGAGCAACUUGUGAAUGAAUCAGAUGACGAGGGCGUGUCAGGCGAUUCGGGUCCAGGAACGCCUCGUCCUGGGACGCCUCUACCGGAUGAACCGUCAUCUGCCUUGGCUGACAGAAUAACGCGAGCCCUUGACAAUCCCUCACCACCACCCAGUCCCUCAGCAGCUCCAAGGAAACUCAAUCCCGACUUUUCUACAUCCCGUUCCGAAGAACGUCCCUCUUCAGAAAUUCGAAGUUUUCCAUUGAAUUCGGCUGAUUUAAAUCAACCACAGCCGUCGCGGACACAACUAGACGAUCUACUUUCUUUCGACUCUUUUCCAGGCACACCUGCUCAUGGAAAGGUGAAUACUACUCGUGAUCUUUUUCGACCGGAGCCGAUCAGCUCAUCUGUUGAUGAUUUACUCUCUCGCUCACCGGGUGUAUCGCUCCUUGAUAUUCCGAGCGCUACUCUGAGCAUUCCUCCUCCAGUACUCGUGGAUUCUGAUAAAGUCAUAGCAGAGGACGCGUUGAUGCGCAGUCCCUGCAACCCCACCUGCGAGGGCGCCGAAGGCAACGUUGGAAUGAAUAACUUGAUGCCACCUCGCGAUGCCGGCGUCCAUGAAACGCCUACUCCCUUGCGACGUUCAGCUCGAGCUCGCCAAAGUGUUACGCCACAGCCAUCUGCCGUACCUAACGCAGAAUGCGCCCUUUUUGCACCAUUACCUAAACUUGCGGUUCCAUCACCUGCCCGUACCAGAAGGAAAAAGAGGGCAAGCGUUAUGUUACCCGAGGAAAUUGUCGAGGAUUCACAGAGUGAAGAGGAUAUAAAAAUGCUUUUGCCUACGCAAAAGGUAGGAGGCGUUGUGGCAGGGGAGGGUCGAAGCCCAGGGAAGGCAGGAACUUCAUUUAGCCGUGAAUUGGGCUCUCUUUCACCCGCUUCUACCAACGUUUUAACGCAACUAAUACCCUCGACAAGCGACGGAUCGUCCAGAACUGAUACCGAAUUCUCUGCCCCUCGUGUUAUGCUAUCAUUCUCCACCCUCGCUCCUUUUCAAACCACGCUAGCACCACGCACACCCUCCCGAUUUAUAAGCCCUGUUCGAUUUUCUAGCCCUGUGAGAGCGAGCUCCCCGGCCAAGUUUCGACUGCAAGCUCCUGACCCGAACGAUACCACCAACACCCCAGCUCGAAGGAUUCCUGUUGAAGAAGCGAUUGCGCAAGGGCAUUUAUCACCGCAGAAAGCAGCACUUCUUGGUUACAAGGCCGACGCAAUGCCCCGGGCGCCUCUUUUCAGCGUUUCAACCCCCGCCAGACGGGUGUUGAUCGUUGAUUCUCCCGUCGCUUCUACGUCUGAGGUUCGAACAGGAUUUUGCUUGGGAAGUCCGGUCCGUGCUUCAUCGAAAGAGCCUAAGGCUUCUUCACAACACGACGUUGGGCGGGGUGAUAAACAGAGAAUAGUCGUCGGCUCUUCCCGUCCGGCGAAAGUCGCACCUGCCACUAACGCCAAUCUCAGUGCCCCUUCCACUCAAGCUGUCAAAUUGCCCUUCCCUCUCGUACCUUCAGUAUCUCUGUCUAAACCAGAGGAAGCCGAGAAGCAAGUUGCUCCCAAGUCCGCGCUGAAGCACCUCACAAGCAGGAUUCCAAGGAUGGGUGUUAAGCCAUACGCCAGACCAGCUGAAGCUAAAAUUCGAGUACAACAAGCGACCGUCAUACCCACUCCUAUGAGAACUGUUGAUCUUUCAAAGCCUGGCACGGUUCAAACAAUGAAUGAUAGAGUGACUGGUAAUGAUCCCCGUCGCCCCGAUCUCCUGAAGCGACCUGUCAGCUCCACAAUUCAUGUCAAACCUGUGGACACGACAUCUAUCCUCAAGCGUAAACGGGGACCGGAAAGUUCUUCUCCCACCAAACCACGAACGGUAAUGUUAAGGAAGGUUCCUCAAGUUGUUAUUACCAAAAAUCCGCCCGCAUCAAGCGCGCGCGGUGGAGUAUCAUCUAAAUAUAAUACCACUCCGACCAAGUCCAUUACAGACAACAAUGAACCUUUUGGAGAGCUGAGGAUCAGACGGGUUGUUGACCGAGAACCACCCUCUUCUUCCAGCGAGAGCCGGCCGCCAGCAGACCCUUCCCUUUUCACUACAGUGGCCGAAUCACAUUCCUCGGUCUCCCCUGAAGGCAAUAUUCAGGAAGAUGCCAUGCCAAAGAUAAUCGAUGAACCCCCACAGGAACCGGCAGUAGACCAAGAUCCUCGACGUAGCCAAUCACCAGAACCUUUGCCUGCUGGACCGCUUCCACCUGCGACACUGUCAGAAGGUGUCCGGCGAACAACUCGCCUCCGCAGAACCCUGCAAGCAACAUCUGACACUGGCAUAGUUAGUGACGGCACCACGGGGGCAACCCAACCACGACGGAAGGUUUCCCGUCGGACCGUUUCCCGAUCAGAUGACGCCUUCGCAGGCAUGAGCGCGACAGCUUUGAAAGCUCUGACGACAUCCAAUACUGUCCGAAACCAGGUAUAUCUUGCCGCCAAGUUGGAAACAGAGGUAAUCAGAAGGGAGGGAGUGAGGCCGGAGAGUCCCCUCGUCAAAGUACGGACAAUUUCACAGCGACAACAGGACGAAAAGGAAAAGGGGCGAAAGGAACGAGCAGCCCGACGAGCUCGGAGGAGUGAGUCGGAUUUCAUCGGUUCGAGUGACAUUGAAGGUCAGAGUGAUGGACAUUCCAGUUCUGUGGAAGAUCAAUAUCAGGGAAGUCCGCUUGCUCGGCACCGACGGGGUGCUGGAGAUGAAGAGGAUUAUGAAACCCCUGAUGUUGAGAGGCGACAUAGAUUGUUCCUUCAGGAAUCGGGAGAGGAGAACAUCUUGGACCUUCCGAAACGGCGAGUGAAAUGGGACCAAGGGUUGUAUACCACUGUAUUUUUGGACGAGGUCAAGCUUGGUACCCGACAGCCUUCCAAAGAGAAUAGAUCAGUGAAGGGAUGUUUGGCAUUGACGGCUAAGGCUGCGCGAUUAGACACCCUAGGAAAUCUACCCAACGCUGAUUCGCCUCUCGCUGACCUUGUGCAGCAAAACAUCACAGUCAAGAAGUUCGUCUAUGACAAUGACGAUGAUGAGCCCGUCGAGGAAGUGGUAGUGGUGAAGAACACAAGGUCGAAGAGCAAAAAAACAAAGUCAUAG